GUGUCCGGCGCGCGGGAUCCAGCCACUCACUUGCCGCAGGCGCCGCGGAGCAGCGAGGGUCCUCGCCCCGGCCGAGCCAUGAAGGUCGAGUUUGCACCGCUCAACAUCCCGCUGGCGCGGCGGCUGCAGACGGCGGCGGUGCUGCAGUGGAUCCUGUCCUUCCUGCUGCUCGCGCAGGUGUGCAUUGGAAUCAUUGUGAUACUGAUCUUACACAACUACUGGUUCCUUUACAUCCCCUAUUUGACAUGGCUUUACUUUGACUGGAGUACCCCAGAGCAAGGAGGCAGGAGAUCCAACUGGGUCAGAAAUUGGACUGUUUGGAGGUACUUUAAGGACUAUUUUCCAAUCCAUAUCAUCAAAACUCAGGAUUUGGAUGCAAGUCACAACUAUAUAUUUGGGUUUCAUCCUCAUGGAGUACUCGUGGCUGGAGCCUUUGGAAAUUUUUGUACCGAUCAUUCUGACUUCAAGGAGCUGUUUCCCGGAUUUACUGCCUAUCUCCACGUACUCCCAUUUUGGUUCCGGUGUCCUCUCUUCAGAGAAUAUCUGAUGAGUAGUGGGCCAGUUUCAGUUUCCAAGAAAAGUGUGUCCUAUGUGCUGAGCAAGGAGGGAGGUGGAAACAUUUCAGUCAUUGUCCUUGGGGGCGCAGAAGAAUCUCUGGAUGCUCAUCCUGGAAAAUUCACUGUGUUCAUCCGCCAGCGGAAGGGAUUUGUUAAAAUUGCUUUGACCCACGGUGCCUACUUGGUCCCAGUGUUUUCUUUUGGUGAAAAUGAACUGUUUAAACAAAUUAACAAUCCUGAAGGUUCAUGGCUUCGAGCUGUCCAAGAGAAACUGCAGAAGAUCAUGGGGUUUGCUUUGCCAUUGUUUCAUGCCAGAGGAGUUUUUCAGUACAAUUUUGGCCUAAUACCCUAUAGGAAACCUAUCCACACUGUUGUUGGCCACCCAAUCCCUGUUCAUCAGACUCUGCACCCAACCCCAGAGCAGAUUGAGGAGUUGCAUCAGACCUACAUGGAGGAGCUAAGGAAAUUAUUUGAGGAGCACAAAGGGAAGUAUGGUAUUCCAGAGCACAAAACUCUUAUUUUUAAAUGACUGCACUCUUUCAAGGCUUAAAUAAAUGACUGCACUCUUACAAGGCAAAAUAAAGGACAAAAGAACAUGUCAUUGAGAGAAUAUAUUUUAAAUAAGUUAAUCUUUUUUUUCUUUUACUAUGGAAUCAAAUUUGCAACUGUAAAAGUAUUAUUUGUGGUGACAGAUGUCAAUGUUUUAGCUGCAGUGAGUAAAAAUAUAGUAAAUGCCUAUAGGGUAAGGUUGGAGAUGGCUAUAAGACUUUCAAUAAUGUUCCUAGUUUGGGAAGCCUAAAUCAUUUUACAGCUUAUGAAAAAGUUUAGAAUUAUUCAUGUGCUCCAGAAAACACGGCAGCUUCAAAAAAUAAUUAGACCCUUUUACUAAACAUCACAGUAAUUUAAGAUGUUUUCACUAAGUAUGACAGCUGUUUUUUUAGCACAGCUGGAACAUUUAAGAGACAGUGUGUAAAAUAAUUUGCCAUAUAGAACUAAAGGAGAUCAUUUUUUUCCUCUCGAACAAAUCAUUUGUUAGUGAAUAAUGUAAUUUUUAGUACUUAGAUAAUUUGAUCUUUUUGGUCAUGUCAACCAAAUCAUUUUUAUACAAUUGUGCAGAAUUUUUAUGCCAUUUUUAAAAUAGGAUGAAUCUGCCAUGUGGAAACCCAUGUGGACAAGAGCAUGUCUCCUCAUUUUUAUUUAUGCUUAGAAGCAUGUUCAUUUGCAAUAAACAGGAAAGUAUUUUUGGGAGAUAUGCUUUUGCACAUUUUACAACAUUGGAAAUUCUAAAGGGUUUUCAUGGUGAUAGAAAUAGUUUUAAUUUUCUUCCCAAAUGGCCUUUUCUUUGUAAGACAUGCUGUGAAAGAAAGUACCCUCUAUGGUGAAAAGUGUCCAGUUCACAGUUAACUGGGGUUCUGAGCCGUCGUCUCUGAACCAGGGUGAGAAGGGACCUUGUCCUCCCUAGUGCCUGGGUCAGCUUGUGGCACUUAGUAGGUACAAAAUAAGUACUUGUUUAAUUAAUGUAUUUAUAUUUAAACAUAGAAACAAACUUUUCCAUAAAGCAAAGAAUUUUUAAAGCUAUACCAUAGGCUGAAACCUGUUAUAAGACAAGACCCACUUUCAGAAGGAGGUAAUUUGCUUUGUGUGAUUGUCCCACACCAGUAAUCGACAGUACUGUGGGCUGGUUCAUAGGGAGCAAGUCAGGACGAGGCUUCUGAUAUUUAGUCACUGAAUGUUAAGUAACUAGUCAAUCAGUAAGUAAGAAGAAUGUCUAAUUUCCAAAUGAUCUCCAUUGCUUGAUCUUUGAUUCUAUUCCUCCUCCACUCUAGGUGUGUGUGGGCAACUUCACCGAGUUUCCUUCUAACUUAUUGGUAAUGUCUUCAGGCUUCUAAUUUUUAAAACAGUAAGCCCUGGGCGAGAGCCUGGAUUAGGUUCAGCAAGAGCAAAACAAAAUCAUGCUGGGUAAUGCCUUGAGUAGGAAAGCAUUUCAUACACAAAAAGGGACCUUUCUCAGUUGUUCUACAUGAAGUGUUUUGGAUUUGAAUUCCUUUGACUUCAUACUAGAUGAGGGAUCCAGGAGUCCAUUGACCCUAUGGCCUUGACAUUAGUUCAAUUGUUUUGUCAAAGCAGGGCCUUUGUUAUUGCAAAACCUAUGAAUUUUAUCCCUUUGGAGAAGUUUAUUAAAAGCUUGUGACACAUCAUCUUUUACAGUUUCACAGAGAUAUGGAUUUUAAUCUCACACUUCGUUGUGAGAAGGCCAAGCGGACCACGCAACAUGAGCAGGCAGUGAAACCCAUGCUUAGUGAAGAGGCACUAAAACAUGAGAAAAGUUCACUCACAUGAACUUGUCUAGAAUUUUGCCUUUAAAAAAAUCUAGACAUAAGCAUCUUUAAUUGGGGCAUAUAUAAAAUGUUACUUUUCGGGCCGAGCCCGUGGCGCACUCGGGAGAGUGCGGUGCUGGGAGCACAGCGCCCCUCCCGCUGCGGGUUCGGAUCCUAUAUAGGAAUGGCCAGUGCACUCACUGGCUGAGUGCCGGUCACGAAAAAGACAAAAAAAAUAAUAAUAAAAUGUUACUUUUCAGUACAUAUGGCUGUGGGUGAGGUGUUCUCUUCACUUCUUAGGGUCUCCAGAGGUCUUAAUCCAGCCAUACCAGAUUCUUUUCAUACAGCCAAAGCAUAGUUCAGAAUUCCAUAUAGUACUCCAUAUUGCAAAUGAAUUUUUGAUAUGAACUUUUGCUACUACAAAGAUGUGGGCCAUGUAUGGUAUUCACUAGUAUGAUUUGAUGAAGAUCUCUUCUACUACAAAGGUUGCCAUCUACUGUGUAAUUGCCCAUAAAUUUUAAAGAGCAAAGCAAAACAAUAACAACAAAAAUAACCCUAGAGCCCUGUAAGAGAAACUGGGUCUAUUGCCUUGGGAAAAUGUGUGUGUAUCUGUUUGAUUUGGACAUUUCUUUUCGCUCUGUUUUCUUUGCACACCAGGUGCAGGCUGAGUCAUUUCCUUUGUCUUGCAGCUAGAAGUAUAUGAAAUUGCCAAUAACCAGCUAAGUCCAUUAUGCCACGUUGAGGGUUGUAACUUCAGUGCUUAUGAAGGCCAGCUAGUUCUGCUCUUUACAAAGGGGAACCACAGCAGGAGAUCAAGAUGUUUUAAUGCAAACCCUUUGCCACUACUAUGGAAACAACCAAAGUGUGUACACUUCAGGGAUGAUGGGUGAGCCUUUAUUGUACGCGUAGGGUUAAAAAUGAAAUCAACUUUCAGUAGAAGGUACGUUUCUAUCAUGGGAAACACGGAGGUGGAAUCUGGUUGUAAUGUCCACACUUCUGUGACUUUAUGUCUCUUCCAAACUACCUCACUGAUGCACAAUACCAAAGUUUGUGAUAAAUGUGAAAACAGUUUUGUCUGCAUUAGCUCUCCAUUCUUUUCCUCUGACAAGAGACACUGUUAAUUGGAUUUGUUGACUGGUUGUUUUUUUUCCCAAUCUCAUAUUUGUGUUUUUUAACUUAAGUGACAAAAAUGUCUAUUUGUGGGGCUGGAGGGGUUAUUUCCAGUAGAAUUUGUAUACUUUUCUAAAGGCAAAAACAAGGCAACUUAAAUAACUAACCAGUUCUAGUUUCUCAAGGAUGGGCAAACACAGAAGCAGGGGUUUUUUUGUGUUUAAAACAAUGUGAUUUCUUUACUACCUUCUGUUUUGAUUACUGUAGUUAAUCCUUCUCAAACACCUAGUGCCUUUAUAUAUGAAAAGAAGAAAGUUUAUCUCAAUCCAUGGUUAACCCAUGGGAUGAUGAGUUCCUUAAUGGCAGAAUAUGUGUCUUGUUUUGAUCCUGACUCCAACAGAGCAGGCCUUCAGCAGUCUGUCAGUGACUGUGGCACUAACCUGGAAAUUGGCUGGAUUGUGUCAAAGAAGCUAAGUCUCAGAGCUAGAAGGGACCUCAUAGUCUGUCUGAUUCUUCCUUCUGCAGAAGAAGCAGUUGAACCUCAGUGAGGUUUAAUGCAGAUUAAAAGUGAUUUUAUGUUCAUAUUAUUCUGCCUUAGAUUAAACAGGAGGUACUGCUAUUCAUGAUUACUAAUUAAUAAACCUAAGAAAACUCCUAUAAAACAGAACUUCCAAAAAAGUAGAGUAUAACUAAAAAUACGCUUGAAGGAAAGGAUUAAACAACUCAGAAGCAAACUCCGUCUCAUUAAUAUUGAGAACAUUUUUCUUUGUUGAGGCUCGUGCACCACAUUGUUGAUUUUUCCCUUUUGUGCAAGUGCUACUUUGGUGGUAUGUCCUGGGCAAAGUCCAAAAUUUCAACGAGUUUAGCCACUAGAGCCUUAUGUGUUGGAGCGGUGGAUGAGACAAGAUGUCCUAUGCCCAGGAGAACUGAUGGACACAGAAGGGGGUCUUCCCUGUCAGUGGCGUUGUGAUCACUAAUGCAAGCCAAAGCAACCCCAUUAUACAGACAGAGGUGGCAAUAGAUCGCCUAUCAUCCCAUUGAUAGCCCAAAGUCCCUUCUGUCUCCAGCUUCAUCCAGCUGGGUUGUCACAGCUGCUUUUUCAUAGCUCUUAGGUUCUGGUUAAGAACUAUCUUAGGCUCCCUUGAGAACAGAGGUAAACCUAGUGUUUUUUGUAUUUCCAAGGGCUGCAUAAUUCUCCACUCCCAGACCGACUUGGAGGCUUAAAUCUUUCUGGUUGGAUUCCAAACCCUGCAGUGCGGGAGUGCAGUGAUGCGGGAACAAUCAGGGAACCUAACUGCCGUGCUCUUUCUACUCUCCAGGCUUCCGUAUGGGAUAGUCCUUUGGCCUCUGGUCUUCUAUUACCUGGCUGGGUGACCUGGGCUCAGUUUCUUCCUAUGUAAAUAGAAUUAGGAGUGAAUGAUCUCCAAGGUCCCUUCUGGUUCUGUCUGUGGUCUCUGCCUGACCUUUCAUCUGUCAUGGUAAUGACAUCUAGUUGGAGAUGUAGGUUUCUCUGAUAACUUUGCCUUUUCGUCUGCCAUCUACACUUGUUUCUGUUCCACCAGGAAAUAUAGUGAGCUGAAAUGACUGCCUCACUUUCUUGGUAUACCUAAAACACAAAUUGCUACCAAAAUUUCUCUAGGAUCAUGGGACCUUUAAUCAUGUGUUUCUGAGAAAUAAUUUAAUUCUCUAAAUAAGAAUAGGAGAAAUUGAUCUAAGAGGUUUUCUCCUUUAUAUCAUUCAAAACUAUGGAAUAACAGUUUCUUACUUAGUGAAAUCUUUAUAAGAGGUGGUGAAUUUGUAUAUUUUCUAUAUGAUAUGUGUUGCUGUGUGUUUUCAAAAAGCUUUCAGUUUGUAAAACUUUUGACCAAUAAAUGUGUUUUUAUGCCCGAGUAAUAAA